GCGCCUCCCCCUAUGGAGCAGCAUCGCCAUGGAGCCCCUCACCGAGCUCAGCCAGGAGGGCGCGGGCGGCGGGGAGCCGCCGGGCGACGGGCCGCUCUGGACCGCUGUCUUCGAAUACGAGGCAUGCGGCGAGGACGAGCUGAGCCUCCGGCCGGGGGACGUGGUGCAGGUGCUGUCCCGGGACUCGCACGUGUCCGGCGACGAGGGCUGGUGGACGGGAAAGAUCGACCAGCGCGUCGGCAUCUUCCCCAGCAACUACGUGAGCAGCGGCGUGCAGGGGGGCGGCCCGGAGCUGCGCGCCCGAUACCCGCCGCCCCCCGCCAUACAGCUCCUAGAGAUCGACUUCUCAGAACUUGUUCUGGAAGAAAUCAUUGGCAUAGGGGGCUUUGGAAAAGUGUAUCGAGCUGUAUGGAUAGGAGAUGAGGUUGCUGUCAAGGCAGCUCGCUAUGACCCUGAUGAGGACAUCAGCCAGACCAUUGAGAAUGUCCGCCAAGAGGCCAAGCUCUUUGCCAUGCUGAAACAUCCCAACAUCAUUGCCCUCAGGGGCGUGUGUUUGAAGGAACCUAAUCUUUGCCUGAUCAUGGAGUUUGCCCGCGGAGGAUCGCUCAAUAGGGUGUUGUCUGGUAAAAGGAUACCUCCUGACAUCCUGGUGAACUGGGCAGUGCAGAUUGCCAGAGGAAUGAACUACCUGCACGAGGAAGCGAUUGUUCCCAUAAUUCACCGUGACCUCAAGUCCAGCAACAUACUGAUACUCGAAAAGGUGGAAAAUGGAGAUCUGAGCAACAAGAUGUUGAAGAUCACGGAUUUCGGCUUGGCCAGGGAAUGGCAUAAAACUACCAAAAUGAGCGCAGCUGGGACAUAUGCCUGGAUGGCUCCUGAGGUCAUCCGCUCUUCCAUGUUCUCCAAAGGCAGCGAUGUUUGGAGUUACGGUGUGCUGCUUUGGGAACUGCUAACAGGAGAAGUGCCAUUCAGAGGAAUUGAUGGUCUUGCAGUAGCAUAUGGUGUUGCUAUGAAUAAGCUUGCCCUUCCAAUCCCUUCCACGUGUCCUGAGCCUUUUGCCAAACUCAUGGAAGAUUGCUGGAACCCUGACCCACACUCACGACCUUCCUUUGCCACUAUCCUAGACCAUCUUACUGCCAUAGAAGAGUCUGGUUUUUUUGAAAUGCCCAAAGAUUCCUUCCACUCCCUGCAGGAAGACUGGAAACAAGAGAUCCAAGAGAUGUUUGAUCAGCUCAGAGCCAAAGAAAAGGAGCUGCGCACAUGGGAAGAAGAGCUGAGUCGUGCUGCUGUUGAACAGAAGAACCAUGAGGAGCUGCUACGAAGGCGGGAACAGGAACUGGCAGAACGUGAGAUUGACAUUCUGGAAAGGGAACUCAACAUCAUCAUCCACCAGCUGUGUCAGGAGAAACCUCGGGUCAAGAAACGCAUGGGGAAGUUCAAGAGGAGCCGGCUCAAGUUAAAAGAUGGCAAUCAUAUCAGCUUGCCUUCAGAUUUUCAGCAUAAAUUCACUGUGCAGGCUUCUCCAACGAUGGACAAAAGGAAAAGUUUGAUCAGUAGCUGCUCCAGCCCUCCUGCAAGCCCAACCAUUAUUCCCAGACUCAGGGCCAUACAGUUGACACCUGCUGAAAGCAGUAAAACAUGGGGACGAAGCUCAGUCCUUCCAAAGGAGGAAGGAGAGGAAGAAGAGAAGAGAGGCCAGAAAAAAAAGGGACGGACUUGGGGACCAAGCUCACUUUGUCACAAGGAGCUAGGUGCAGGAGAAGAGGGUCUGAAAGCUCUGGUAGAAGGAUGCAAACAGUGGUCAUCCAGUGCACCAAAUCUUGGGAAGAUCCAGAGAACUACACCUGCUUUUCCAGGAUUCACCAGCUUAGCAGAGAUGGAUGAUGAGGACAGCGAAUAUUUUAAUGGAGAGGGCAAAGUGCACCCUUCACCUGUCCACAAUCAGUCAUACCUCUGCAUCCCAUUUCAGAAGAAUGAAGAGUGGGAUGGUCCUUCUAGUGAUGCCAAUGAGGAGUCCACCCCUGUAAACUCUGCUACCAGUACCCCACAGCUGACACCCACCAACAGCCUCAAACGUAGCAGCUCCCACCACAAGCGAUGUGAGAUUGCAUUGCUUGGCUGUGGAGCAGUGCUGGCUGCUGCAGGCCUGGGUUUUGAUCUGUUAGAAGCAGGGAAGUGUCAGCUGCUGAUUGAGGAAGAGCCAGAGAUGCCCAAGGAAGAGAAGAAGAAGCGUGACAGCAUUUUUCAGCGAGCUGGACGCCCACGGAGGAGCACUAGUCCACCUUCCCGGAAGAUCUUCAAGAAGGAUGAUCCCCUGUUGUUGCUAGGCGAACCAUCCACAUCCCUCACCCUUCUUUCCCUGUCUUCCAUUUCCGAAUGUAAUUCCACCCGGUCCCUGCUGCGCUCAGACAGUGAUGAGAUUGUGGUUUAUGAGAUGCCUGUCAGCCCAGUGACAGUCAAGGCUCCCUUGCCAGCCAUUACAAACCCACUGGUCAAUGUCCAGAUUGAGAGAUUCAAACAAGACCCCAACCAGUCCCUGACUCCCACACAUGUGACAGUCUCUUCCCACACCCAGCAAAGCGGACACAGGCGCACACCUUCUGAUGGAGCAAUCAAAGGGAGUGGACUGGUUGUCAAUGGGUGCCCAACCAGUGGAUGCCCUUCCAGUAGCUGUUUAACUGGAGCACUGGGAGCAGGUGUAUUAAAAACACCUAGUCCGAGCAGAGAUCCCAGUGAGGUCCCUCGCCUGCCAGACCCCAACCUUGUUUUUCCUCCAACCCCGAGACGAUGGAAUGCACAGCAGGAUCCCACACUGGAAAGACCCAAGACAUUGGAGUUCCUACCCCGGCCACGUCCUGCAGCCAGUCGGCAGCGGCUUGAUCCCUGGUGGUUUGUGUCACCCAGCAAUGCCAAGGGUGAAUCUUCUGCCAACAGUUCAAGUACUGAUACUCCAAGCAAUCUGGACUCUUGUUUUGCUAGUAGCAGCAGCACUGUAGAAGAGAGACCUGGACUGCCUGCGCUGCUUCCUUUCCAGGUGGGUCCUCCUGCAGAGGAGCGGACACUGUUGGACAUAGAUGCUGAGGGGCAGAGCCAGGACAGCACCAUUCCGCUAUGCAGAAGUGAACUUAACACACAAAAAGCUGCAGCAUAUGAACUCAAGCAAGAAUUCUGGUCUUAAUAUGAAACCACUGGGGGCAGUGAGCCCCUCUAAAUUCAAUCUUACUUUUUGCACUGAGAAUGCACUUUGAAAACAGACAAGAUGGAGGGAUGCUACAGAGAUCAUAUGGUGCUGCCUCUGCUGAAGAUGUGUUGCCAGCUGCCUGAUUUUUGUCUGCAUUUGGGUGAAACUUGGCAACUCUGAGCUGCUGACUUUUGCUGUGGGGUUUUUCUGUAGUCUUCCCUGCCCUCUUAUUGCAGUUUGAAUCUGCAAUGAGCUAAAAUUACCAUAUCAAAGUCUUUUGUUAUUGACCUUGUAGGAUUUGGCACUUGCAGUAAGUAUAUUGGUAUCUAUCCUGGUAUUAAUCAGUAUUUUCAAACAAUAUUUAAAUAUUACACUACAGCAGACAUCAGUGUUUGAUGUUUUCCCAAGGAAUCCAGAACAGAAACAAAUAAAUAUCUGGAGACUACCUUCUCUGAAAUACAUUCAGAUCAUUAGACAGGCCUGGGAAUCAUCAUACCCCCAGUGAAAGAGCAGAAGUAGCUAUCUUAAGACUUGUUUGUCCUCUUUUGCUCAUGUGACAACAUAAGGUGGAACAGAUGGCAGGGGAAGGGCAUGGCGUCUCCACUGGUGGAGGUCUUUGAGAGCAGGUGAACCAGACUGUUGGAAACAAGUAGGUGUAGUUGAUCCUGGCUUCAGGGUAGGUUGGAUGUACUUCAGUGGUCUCUUGAGGUCCCUCUCAGCCCUAUUUUUUUAUGACCCUGUGCUUUCAAGAUGAAGGGUUAUAGUAUAGCUGUUUAGCUUGGCUUUUUGUUUCAGACUUCCAUCAGUCUCUUUUUUCCCCCAACCUGUUUCUCAGGCUCAUAGUCAAAUUGCCUCAGCUUUGGGAGGGGAGUUAGCAGAAACUUUCUUUAAAGAUGUGUUGGCUUGAAGAAGUAAGUUAUGUGUUACCAAACCUUUUUCUGUCUAUUUUUUUCUUCUUUCUUACACCUUUUAGGAGUGACCCAUGAAACCCAAGACUGUUCUUACAUACACUGGUACUUGUUUAAGGCUGUUUUGAAAAUGAGGCUUGUUAGCAGUUGGAUUGUGCAAACAGGAAUCAGAACAUUUGGAUUCUGUUUUAUUUUGUCUCUGACUCACUGUGUGACCCUGGGCAAAUAAUAUAACCUCUGUGCCUGAAUUUCCCCAUCUGUAAAUAAUAAGAAUAAUACCUACCUCACAAGGGGAGGGGUUGGGACAUAUAUAAUAGGUAUAAAGUCCUUUGAGAUCUUUGAGUGAAAGGCACUAUAGAUACAUAGAAUUUUAUUCUUGUUCAAAUACAUAAAACACUCCUAGAUCUGGAGCAAGAACAGACCCCUGUCUGGAAGGAGGAAGUCACAAAUGGGGUGUGCCUAUGCUCAGAGUUUUCUGUACAAAGAUUUCAAGUGUGUCUGUGCCACUGCAGGUAUGUCUUACUGGCUGUAAUGAGAGCUUCAAUCUUCCCCAGAUUUGGCAUUAUAUGUAAGGGAUGUGGCCUUUAUAUGAGUGUAAUAGGGUAGUCUGCUUUAUUGCAGGGUACAGCAUGUCUGUUCACUGUACUUGUACAGAUCUGUGCUUGUUUUGCUAAUCUGCUGAUAUUUGGUUGCAAAUAAGUCUUUUGACAGUGCUGCCAAUGCAGUGCUCAGCCUGUUGGGGCAGUCCAGUCCUGCUGUGAAGGCAGUAGAGCUGAAUACUUCCUGCAGCUGUCAGCACAGUGAACCUGUGUGUUUAGAUGUUUGUAACCUGAUUUUAAAAACCAGCAUGUAUGGGGAAGAACUGUGUGUAAGACUUCUUAGUUCUGUGUGAGGACUGAAACCAGCAUGUUUCCAUUAGUCAAGUGCACCUUUUUUUCAAGCAAUUGCAGUAUAUUUUGUUUUGAAAGGUCACAUAUUUCUUGUUUAUCACGUUCCAUGGAAAAUGCUUAAUGGCAGAAUAACUUCCUGCUGCCCUCCCUAUUAAAUGCUCCAGAGCUAGCCUUAAUGGUGCUACACUGGAUGUUGAAGCUGGAGAGACUGUUGACUGUUUUGGCAAGAUAUUAUGAUAAAGCAAGGUGGGAUUCAGAUACUUAAAGAAAACAUAAAUUUCUGACUCUUUUGUUUAAAUUUAGACCUUUACCAUUAUUGAUUUCAUAAGCAUCCUUUUACUCUCUGUUUCUGAAAACUCAGUUUGUGACCCAGACACUAGCAAAAAGACAAAACUCAUCCAACAGAUUGCUAAUUUUGAUUGUGCUAUAAAUCUACCUUAAAGUAAUCUCAGUAAGAGGCUGUGUCAGAGCAUUUAAAAGAAGGACAUUAAAAUAAUCUAUUUUUCAUAUUCUUCCUUAUCAUUUUUAAACAUCUGAAACAAAACUGGAUCAGCUGUUCUGAAAUGUAAUGUUUUCUAUCCAAAGGUAUCAUUAUAAAUGUCAGAGAGAGUAUCAUCUGCUCGGCAAAGGCAUCACCUGGAAUAGCUCCAUUCGAACAGCAAUCUUUAAAAUCCAUUUACUUGCAUGAAAUGGAAAGCCACCUUUCUAGCCACACUGAUAUAACUCAGCCUGCUAAACUUUCUAAUAGUCGGCCAGUUUAUUUCACCAAGUGAAAUUUUAUGGUUUCUGUCAAGUUCCCAGGAAAGACAAACAUAAAGGCAAGUUGUUCUGUCGCCUCUUUGCUUAAGAAAGUUGAGGAUGAAGAAUUGACCCCCUUCCCUGCCCCUCUCCCCCUUUUAUAGAAUCACUUGGUGAAGGUGAUAUGUAGCUGAACUUUGAUGAGUACUUAGCUCCAAAGAGUAUCUUCCCUAAUACCAAGUGGACAUUGCUACAUUAAAUAACUUGGUAGGACUGAUGACAAAAGUCAAGGAUCCAGGUCAGGGUUACCAAACCAGAUAUUGUUAUCACAAAGCUGCCAGACAUUCUAGUUAGAAGUAUAUUGGUUGGUAUGUGUUUGUUUUGUGGUUUUGUUUGGUUUUUUUUUUUUUUUAAACCCUUAUUCAAUGCAAUUAUCUUCAUUGAGUCUAUCAUGUGAAUUAACCUGAGGCAGUCUGAGCAGCAGCCCGUAACUGUCUUCCAGUGGCCAGCCUGAGGUAUCAGACAAGAGGACUCAAUUGCUAAACAAGGCUCCUGACUUCAGUAGAUGGUGGGGUAUUUUCUGGCAGGCAGAGAGGAGGCUCUCAAGACAACACGUUGGGAGGUGAUUUACCUUAUGCACUCCAGAAGCUUUUGCAGCCAAUGUCCUAAUGCCCAGAGGCUGUGUGCAUGUUUAAGCUAGGUCAAAACCUCUCUUUGUAUCCAUCUGUCCCAUCCUGGUUUGAAUUCACUGCUUUCCUAAUCUGGUGGGGUUUUUCCUCCCCAGUUGUGGGAGCUGAGAUGCUCCAAAUCUCCAAAGGAGUGGUUGACUAUAGUCCACUAGACAAUGAGAAGGUAUGAACCCAUCAGCUCAGAAAUCUUUCUUUCCUACUAGUUGCUAGUAUUCCCAUUUGUCAGGGAAACAAAAAUGUCAGAAUAUUGGUCAUUAAUCUGCCUUUCUAGUAGUAGUCUUGAGGAAGAUGGUGAAAAUCUUACUUUAAAAAAAUUCUGAUAAAUGUAUUGUUUCCUAAAUGUCUAAAAGUUGCACUUUUCUUUUUUUUUGAGAAAAUGAGAAAAAGAUAACAUGAAAGUCGCUGAGUGGUCUAGAACAAAGACAAAAGAAAAAUAUGAAUGCAGGCCUUACAAAGAGGAAGUGGCAGUUUUUUAACUGAUGAUAAUAAUAAUGAGAUUGUAGCCGAGAGAAAUGUUUGUGGUUUAGAAAUAUAUUUGUAGUUUUGUUUAGCCAGCUGGCAGUGUGUAUCACUAAUUUAUGUAAUUGAUGUGCUGAUUUAGGAAAUAGAAAGAAGUUUGUCAGCCCUUCAAAGUAUGCUAUCCUUGUAGCCUGUUUAGUUUUCCUGUAAUAUUGGAGGGAAGGCACAGACAUAGCAACCAGUGCAAAAAAUGACAGAUUUUUUGGAUAGAUUUCUUCUACUGGUUUCAUAGAAAUUGAGUGUGGGACAAGUAGAAAGAAGAAAGGUUUUGUGUCAAAACUAAGGUGUUGAAAUAGUUACGGCUUCUUUUCUAAUACUGUUGCUUCUUACAGAGUGCAGAGUGGUCUGUUUUACCAACAAGUACAUCUUAAUCUCCUCUCAGUCAUUUUUAGUUACAAAAAUGUAACUUUUUAUACAUAUUUUCCCUCCAGUUUAUUAUUGCAAUGGGUUGAUAUUCAGGGGCAGGGAACCUCAGUGAAAAUACUCUUUUUGUAAUAGAUUUCUAACAAAAUGAGUAUUUUUAAAGUGAUUUUUUCUGUGAUUGAUGGGGAAAAACCUGGUUUGGCGUGAUUUUAUGAUUAAAUAUUUUUCUGUACCUCUAGGAAUGGGAGUAGUUGCCUUCCUCUUCAUAGCAUGCUGUUAUCUUAAGACAUUGUGGACAAUACUGCAUAGAGAUGUUACUUCGGUAUGUCACAAAACUGGAUCCUUCUCAUUCUGUUGAAGGUGAGGCAGUAAUGGUUAAGUAAAGAAAGGUCUUUGCCUUUGGAGUGUUUUGUUAAAUAAAACGUGACAGGAAACCUCCGACCUUGAGUCGCCUUUCUAUCUUGAGAUUAGUUUUUAUUUGACACCUAAUUCAUCUCUGUGGGAUGAAUUUGGGACCUGGAGUCCCAUUGGAUGUAUAGAACCAAACCUAUUCCUAUGUCCCAAAAUUCAGUGAUAGCCUGUUAUUUUUGCAAGUAAUUUUAAGCUAAUGUAAAUAGAUUUGUUUCUUUUUAUUUUUUUGAAAUGUUUCUCCUUGGAAAACAUGCUUAUUGCUUUCUAACAUUUUUCAUGUAUUUUGGGAUGCUCUCAAGAACUCCUACUAACUCAGUGGUGAGUAAGAAGGAUUGUAUCUUGCAGAGUGAUUGAAGUCCUCCUUUUUUUUUGUUAAUUUUUUUUAUUUUAAACAAAAUAAGGGCAUUUACAUUUGGAAAGAUUUCUGAUCCUUAUCCUGUCAAUGAAGAACAGUUUCUUAGCUCCCAUGUAUAGAACUCAUUUAAGACUACAAUUUGGGUAAAAUUGGAUAUUAAAAGUGAGAGGAUAGACAUGUGUUAAAACAUACUUGCAAACAAACAAUAAAUACAGCAAACACAGGAACCAAAAUAUGCUCUCACUAUCACAGAGCAUAACUUUCAGACUUCAUAAAUCUUUGGUUGAUGAUAUAAUUAAUAUAAUUAAGGUAUCUAUAGGAAAGAAUGCCUUCUUACAUUUUUUUUCUUAAGUAUACUAUUUUAAUACUAGAAUACAGUGAUUUGCACAGCCAGCUAAUAUGUUAGCUAGCUGGACAGAAAGGAUCUUUAACCAAAUUUGGUUUUUUUUCCCCCCCCUCUUAUUUUCAAUCCUGUUAUGGUUUAUAUUUUAUUUUCUCUCUCUUUUUUUUUUUUUUUUUUUUUUUUUUUGCGUUUAACAAACAAUACAGUCUUAAGAAGAACUUACUGUUAUUGACCUCACUUUCACAGUUUCAGGAGACAUUAUGGGAAUGAAUCAGUGGCUUAUUCUGGUGCUCCCUCUGUUGAACGCAUUAACAGAAAGUCAUACUGCAGUUAAAAUGUGCGUUUGAUUUUUGGCUUUUCCCAUGCUUGGCUUUUUUAAACAGUUUUGCCACUGGUCAGAGGUGAACACAACCUCUAAAAUUACCUACAUCAACUUUAUUUUUUUAUGUGGAAGUAGUCACUCCCAGGCUAAGGGGUGUGUGCUUGAAUAACAGUUAUCUUGCCACUUGUGACUGGGUAGUGGGUCUGAUGUAGCUACUGGAAUUAUUGUUCCUUUCUAACAAGGAUCUCCCAUUUUUUGCAACUGGAAAGUCUUCAGCACUUCAUCAAUGUUUGUAUACCAGAAAUGCAUUUUAGCUCAUUUUGUACAUAAGUGAAAAAUCUUUUUUCUGAUCAGGAAUAUAAUUUUCCUACUGAGAAUGACUUCUUGAGCUCUGUGGGAUUUUUUGUUAGUUUUCUGUUUGGGGAUAUUGUUAAUUUUGGGUUUGGUUUUUAAGCCUCUCAAAUAUUUAAAUGUUUAGAUGCAUCCUGUAUGCCGAGGUGCCUUCCAUCUCACAUGUCUCCUUGCUGGGGCUUGAGGUUGGUUUUUUGGAGGGACCUCCUAGUUGUAGCUUUCAGUACUCUGAACAUCAGGCCAAAUACCAUCACAGGAAACAUUUUGUGUCCUCCCAUUUACACUCCUGUGUUGAGCUACAUGCUAUCACUGCCUCUCCGUAUUUCUCCAUUAGGGUUUUGGCCCCAUCCCAUCUUUGUUGGUUACUUAUUCUUGUUGCCAUAGUAACAAGUGUAAGGCAGAAAAUGAUACACAUUUCAGGUGUGAUUUGACCUAAAAGAUUUUCAAGCUAAAAGCGUAAGAUAGAAUUGGGUGAAGUGGAAGUGGAGGUUGGCAGGAAAUAACACAGUGAAAUUAUCCUUCUUAAUAAAAGUCAAAGGACAAAGGGGUACUAGCUACUUGGUAAACUGUUGGCAUCAUAAUUAAGUUGGGUUCUAAAGAAGAAUUUGAGGAAUGUACAGUUAUUUAAUUUUAUAAAAUGGUUUGGGUUGGAAGGCACCUUAAAAGACAUCUAGUUCCAGUCCCCCUGCUAUGGGCACUACCACUUUCCACUAGAUCAGGUUACUCAAAGCCCCAUCCAACUUAUCCAGUUUCUGGUUGGUUUGUUUUGUUUUACCCUGAACUACCUCAUUUGUAGAGAUAGAAUGGGCAGAAAGUCUAAGUUUUGUUAUGAAUUGCUUUAAGUAUGCAGUUAAGGUUGGAAUGAGAUAGGAAGCCAGAGACAAACUUGUAUUUGGCUCUUUGAUGUCUAAUAUCCUGAUGGAAAAGUAAAACCACCUAUUCAGUUUAUUAAAUUAAGGUUAUACUUGCUGUAGAUUUUUGUCUCCAAAAUAAAUAGUAGAAACAAAACGAGGCAUUUUUCUUGAUGGUUUCUAACCUGUGGAAGAGUUGAUUGUCCAGAAACAAAAAGGUGGAGUUUUCAUACUGAUCACUACUGCUUUUAAAAAUGAUAGUCUCUUUUUUUCAAAACAGAUUUUUAAAAAAAAAAUAAUCUCAUGUGCUCUUAAAGUGGAGCUGUACACAUUCCUGAUUGUUUUCCUGUAUUUGCAGUAUUGUUUUUCUAGUGUAUCAGCUCCUAAUAUGGUCCUUACUGUGUCUGAAUGCUAAUAAUGUGCAGGCAGCCCAAUAGAACUAAUAUCAAGGAAUUAUGACAAAUUUUUAGUGUGCAGUAUAGUGGAUUUAUUAACCCAGCUUGAAGUGGGCUACUGUUAGGUCUGUAGCUGAUGGGUCAGAUGGAUUCACAGCUAGAAAAAAGGGGGCUUAGAACAAAUCUGCAGGAGCAAUUCCAAAGCUGUAUUUGCCUAAAAUAAGCAAUUUGAAAAAUUAUCAUGGAGGGAGGCAGGGGAAAGGCCCUUCAUUAAUCAGAAGUACAUCUGUAAUAUCUUGUCCAUGCUCAGAUUUUAGUUGCCAGGAUAGCUAGUGAGAAUCUACAUUGUGUUCAAUGUGGCCAAAACCUCAACAUUAAGACAAGAAUAAUUCAUUUUAUAUAUGCUGUUUCAGACUGAUUAACACUGUCUCCCAUUCUACCUUGAUUGUUUCCAUUCAGCAUUUUCUCAAGAACAGAUGUUGAGGUUGGAUAAAACUGGCCUCCUUGUCUUGGAGAGGCAUACAGGUCUGAGAGAGAAGAAACAUUGCUCUAGCCACGUCCUGACCUUUUGUGCCCUGUGAUCUUAGCUGGUGAGGUUAUAGUGAUGCAGGAGGACAUGCUGAUGUUUUUCCAAGCUUCAUUGAUAAGAAUGCUGCUAGCAGCAAUUAAGUUACAGAACAAACCUGGCCUCUGAUUACUGUUUGGCAUAGCUCAGUUGCACACUGAACUUUUUGAGUCUAACUAUAUGUAGAGGUGAACAGAGCUUCUUCCCUGAGUUCUGCUGGAAUUUGUGAAUGUUCUCAGCUUGGAUAAUUUGUUUUCUCCCAGGCCUGGUCAAUAUCACAAAAUCAGUUGUCAUGCUCAACUGAUUGCCCAAAUACUCACAGUAGGCUUGUUCUUCUGUCUGGCAUGCUUUAGUGAGCAGCUCUUACAAUGUCAACAGGGUUAGCAUUUGUAUCUGAGCAGAGCAGCUAAUAUCUCUGAGCUGACUUUUCACACUGCAUCUCAAGCAGUUGUUACUCCAUAAGUUCUGCCAUUGCUCUAUUUUCAAGGUUAUCUUGACAACUAUAAUAAUGCAGGUAUCCUAGACUGCAAAGAAUAUAGCCACAGGGGGAAAACAAGUAAGAAAGAAAGCAAGCAUACUUAAGAGUGUUUGCCAGUUGAACUGGUUGAAUUUGGCCAGUGCUCUUGGCAGAGAGUAGGAUCCAUUCUUUGCAACAUAGAUCUCUUUGGGGGAUGGCUAGGUUUGAACUGUAGAAUUUACCUAGAUCCACCUAAAGUCCAUAGGCACCGGUGCCCAUUAUGUUGGGCAGUUAUAACAAGAUACCACAUAAACCCAAGAGCAUCUAUUACUAUUAUUAUAGUAGUAAAAGUUUGUAUUUAGGGUAAUCAACUUUCGAGUGAAAAGGGAAGAGGCCUCAAUUCAGAGAGGUCUUCAUCACAUAGUUAAACAUCACUGAAGUCAGUGGAAUGUAUUUGUGGGUCAAAAUGCACAAGACCCCAGUUGAUCAAAGCUCUUUAAAUCUGAAUUGAGGGAUUGUCAUGUAGAAACUGAUGGUGAAGGAUCAGGUUCUUACCUUGAUUGUCAGAGUAAGGAGUCAAUUAACCUGAGGACAAAGUUCCUCAACAAGCCCCUGGGUAAAUGCUGGUUUGAUUGCUGACUCUUGUGGCCUUUCCAUGGCUGCACAUGCCAUGCCUAUUUGACUGCUACUUCUAACCAUAAGCAGGGUAAGCUCUGAGAAUGUUUUCUGACAUGGGGUAAAAGAGCAGCAACUUCUGCAUUAGCAGAUUGCUAGCUGUAAAGGGACAGUAAGUGGUGACUGGAGGCUGUGUGUACAAAUGACAGUUUAACCUGAGGCCUAUUCUCAAGUGUUUCUUCUCAUUUUACAAGUGCAUCCCUCCAGGCUGGUGGACAGAUUUGACAAGUUCAGCAGCGACCAACAUCCACCACUUUUACUAGAUUUCUAGGAUUCUUGUCUGUCAGCUGUUGGCACAGCACACUGUGCUGCUACAUUUGAUUUCUUUGUCAUAAAUUCAGGAUAAGUUGGAAAUAUCUGAGAUAUUUUGCCUGACUUAAGUUGAGAGGCUUAUAUGGUGUGAGCAGGCAACAGUGGUGGAAAAAUCAGGGAAAAUACCUGUGCUUUUAACAAUGUCUCUUCUGUGGCUUUGAAAAUCCAAGAAUUUCUCAGCCAGAGAAUGUAUUUCCUCCUUCUUUUUAUAAGCUACUUCUUUCUUUUGCCUUAUUAAUUGUGGAUCUGCUCUUGCUUCUAUUUCAAGCCAGAUGCAAAAAUAGGUGACCUGACUUUCCUAGGUACAAUGUUGUAAAUCUGAAUAACCAGGUGAGUAGAUUUCUCUAGCGUAAGAUCAUGCCCCCAUGUCUGAUCCUUUGAGAUAUGGGAUAGUUCCUGCUUGUGUUGAAAUCACUGUGUGGAGGGUGUUGGGUACUUCAUAAGGAACUCCAAACUCUGUAGGACUGGGAUUCAUCUUACAGCUUAAGUAUUUCAGUCUGGUUUUGGAGACCUCUGUAUGUCUUCUCUUCCAUUUAUGGUGUUCAAAAGUCUGUUGCUAUGGAAGUAGCACAUGAAGGUAUCUUUUGCCCGAAGAACCUGCAAUGAAGCAGUUACAUUACCAAAUGGAAAUGUACCCCAGAAUUGAGUAAAAUAACAGAGGCCACCAAGUUUUUCUUGUUUGUGUGAUGAAAUGUUGUCAAAUUAAGUGAUUUGUUGGAGCCUUCCUUUAACUUCUGUACAGCAGUAAGCUUAGAGGAAAAGAAGAUUGCAUUAUUUUUUAAAAAGCUUUAUUUGUGACCUGGACUUGUUGCCUCUGACCCUCUUGGGCUUAAAUAGUUAAAUUAUAUUAAUGUCCAGUUUGUUUCACUGUAGGUAACACAUCAGCUGAAUACUCUUGUGCAUAAUCUACUGUAUCUUUCCUCUGUUCUGUGUCAAUGUAUUAUGUGUAUUUGGAUUACAAUUCUUUUUGUAUUAAAUUAUUUUAUGUUAUAGAACAAUAUUUAAGUGAAGCAAAGAGCUAAUGGAAGUUGUUGACGUUCUGGGAUUUCUUUUCUCUUUGCUCUUUUUUUGGAUGUACUGUAAAUUGUAAACCAAGGAUGCCAAGCAGGCUUGGUUCAAUGGCUAAAAUUAUUGUAUUACAGUGUAAUGCUGAUCUAGGCCUUGUCUCAACACUAGAGCACACAGACUUGAAUAAAACUGUUAUAAAAGUGA